GAAGCAUCUUCAAUCCUCUAUCUCUGCAGCGUCAAGGUAUUUUCAGCAAAGGGAAUUAAAUUAAUAGCUGAUUGUUGUGAGUACUAUUGCUUUACGAAAAUCGAAAGUAUAAUCUGUAGCCAGUAACUUCAGUCAUGCAACUGCUUUUUGGGGUCUAGAACUCAUUUUCAUAUUACAAACGAGAUCUUCACUGAUUACCCAUACUAUCUUGGAACAAUACCGUCAUCACUGAUCAUCAGCAUGGGCACCGGAAUUUCCAAGGCGACCACCAAACACACCUUGUACGUCAAAACGGGUGACCGAUUUGGUAUGGGAACAGACGCCACUGUCUCUGUUGCGUUUUACAACGACAAGGGACAUUGUUCUCGUCAAUUCAAGCUCAAUAGAAUCUUUCAUGAUGACUUGCGGACCGGUCACAUGGACAAGAUACAGGUUGGUCUGGAGAAUAGCUUUGGAUAUCCCGUCUGCAUAGAGCUGACUCGGAACAAUGUAGGGGUAGGGUCAGCCUGGUUCUGUGAAUUUAUUCAAAUUGUGAACACCAAGACCAAGAAGGAACACACGUUUCCAGUUGAUCGCUGGGUGAAUCCAAACCCUCCUAUCAAAUUGAAGGAAUACGAUACUGUUCUCCCACAGGAUGAUGAGAACAAAGUUCAGAGACAGAACGAACUACAGAGAAAGAAGGAUCUCUAUGUCCCGAUCAUCAAUCAAAUGACUGGCACGCUUACCUACAAGGACCUUCCUCCUGACGAAAACUUCACCAUCAGAUCAACAUUUCACCUUCUUGCAAAUGGAGUGAAGCUCCUUGGAGAAGCGGCGCUGAUGAAUGUCACCUUAGAUAACUGGACAUCGUUGAAAGAGAUUGAGGACAUUUAUCGAGAACCACACUUCCCAAUACCGAUGGGAGUGCAGUGUUGGAGGUCAGACAAAGAAUUUGGCAACCAGAGACUGGCGGGGUGCAACCCAGCGAUGAUUCGACGGUGUACUUCAAUACCAGUGAAUUUUGCUGUGGAUGAGAAGGAGCUCGAACCCCUGAUCGCAGGACUUACAAUCCAAGAAGCUAUCGAUCAAAAACGUCUCUUCAUAAUAGACUAUAAGUUUCUCCAAGGUUUACCUUGUACGGAAAACAGAGAGAUAUGUGCUCCUCUAGCCCUUUUCUUCGUCAACAAGGAGAAAUAUUUGAUGCCAAUUGCAAUUCAGAUCAAUCAAGAUCCAGCACCAGAUAAUCCGGUGUUUUAUCCGACGGAUUCCGAAUAUACUUGGCUAAUGGCAAAAUGUUACUUCAACUUGGCCGAUUCAUCGGUUCAUGAGUCAGCAAGUCAUCUUGGAUUCACACAUCUCUUCGGUGAAACAGUUGUCAUAGCAACCCAUCGUUACCUAUCUCAAUCUCAUCCUCUAUUUCGUCUUCUUGCUCCUCACUUCUUGUAUCUACUAGCCAUCAAUAGUAAGGCCAUGUCUGAUUUGAUUGGAGAGGGCGGCUUUGCUGAUGAAAAUAUGAACAUAGGAAGAAUUGGCAUGGCGGAAAUCGUCAAACGUGCUUCUGCAACUUGGCGGUUGAACGUAGAGGGCUCUCUCCACGCUGACCUUGAAGAGAGAGGAGUCUCUGAUCCUGAGAUUUUACCCAACUACCACUACCGUGAUGACGCCAUACUCCUACACAGAGCAAUGCACAGCUAUGUGGAAGAGGUCGUGGAACAUCAUUAUGAUACCCCUGAGAAGAUUGCUAAUGAUUAUGAACUUCAAGAAUGGGCGUGGUUCUUGGGCGGUCAACCAAAGUGUGACGGGGAAAUCACAGCUGGAUUAAAGGGAUUUCCAAACGGAGGACAAUUAAAGACGUCAAAAGAGAUCACUAUGGUUGUCACUGACUUGAUAUUUUUGCUCAGCGCUGGUCAUGCCGCUGUGAAUUUUGGUCAGUACGAUAAUUUCGGAUUCCCUCCAGCCUACCCAGCUUGGUUAAAUGGCAAACCACCACAGGACAAGACUGCAUUGUGUGAAAAGGAUAUCAUCGACAAGUUAGCCAGCAAGAAACAAACUUUACAGACCAUGGCUAUCACCAAACUGCUUAGCACACGUGAUAACAAUCCAAUAGGAGACUUCGAGCUUCAGUACUUGUAUCAUCCCGCAGACCUCGAAGCAUUGGAUAGAUUCCGUGCUGAGCUGAAAAGAAUCGGUACCAUUAUUGACGAAAGGAACAAGACAAGAGAAGAGAAAUAUCUUUGGUUACAUCCAUCUGAAGUACCCAAUUCCAUAUCAAUCUAACAAGUUUCAACGUGAAGACAGCAUAAAAAACAAAAACUAGGUUCAUGACCAUGCACAGCGGGGACCAAGGGGCAGUUGCCCCCCAGAAAUUGUGAAAACUUACAUUUUCUCUGAAAAUCUCCACAAAAUUCAACAAAUGUUUGCAUGAAGUCCUUUAGUUUCACACUACAUGCUCUACAACAGCGCUUCUCAAACGAAAGUUAUACGUGCGCUAAUAUGAAUAAUCAUUGCGUAUCUUUGAGUCGAGACAAGUAGUCGUAUCGCUUUCUUAAAAUUUUGGUAGGUGGGCCUCGAAAAAAAAUUGAGAGUCAAAGUGGUCCUCGAGGAAAAAAAGGUUGAGAAGCGCUGCUCUACAAAAUGGAACGAGCGCCCCAACAUGUCCAAUGACAAGCUCGGCCGCUUCGCUCCCUCGCUUUUAAGUUUUUCGAAAAAGUUUACUCUGACUCGUCCUGCCCCCGAACAAAAUAUUUCUGCGUACGGUCAUGACUAUAGGUACAAAUUUUAUCAUGUUUAUUGGCAUACUGUGAAAAACGUAAAACUUAUAAACGAUUAAAAUGACAAAGAUUCACAAUUUAUAAAGUAUAAUACGAGGUAAGGUGUGGUUGUCCGUUACUUUGCCAAUGGUUAUACUGAACAAUGUUUAUACUGAACAAUGGUUUUACUGAACAAUGGUUUUACUGAACAGUAUUGGAUCUUGAAGGUUGUGACAAUCUCUUUAAUAGAGGUUUAUCUUUUGUAUGAUGUUAUAAAAUAUUUUUAUAUUCCUUUCACUUGUUUUGAAGUGUGACAAUUUACAUUUUAUUGUUAUUGUUGCUGUUGCUAUUUUGCACAUAUUCGGGUCUUUCAUGUAUAUAUAUUUGAUAAUUAAAAUGAUUAAUGUAUAUAAAUUGCUUAGAGUGGAGGAAGUAAAAUCUCAACCUAAUUUCAACAUAAGAUUUAAUGAUUAAAUACCCAUGUUCAAUUUGUAAUAAAUCUGUUAAAAUAAAUCAAAAGGCUUUGUUAUGCACUGUAUGUUCACAGUGGGUGCAUAUAGUUUGUGGCGGGGUCUCAAGAGAGACCUAUGAUUCAGAUGAACUGUUUGAAAAUUGGCAGUGCCCGAAAUGUAUUCUCCAAAGUGUAUUACCUUUUUGGAAUGAUCCUGAUCUAUCUACUGAAGUCGUGUAUAACUGUAAUAAUAUUUCUGUCGACGCACAUGAUGAUAGGUCAACCGAAACUAAUGAUUUUGCUCUAAAAGAUAUUAAAGGUAUAAAAUUAGCUCAUCUUAAUGUCAGAAGCAUUGUUAAUAAAGUUGCUGAUUUACAAUGUUGGCUGAAUAAUAACCCUUUUGAUCUACUAGGAGUGUCAGAAACAUGGUUAACAAAAGAACAUUCUGAUAGCUUGAUUUCUGUUAAAGGUUAUAAGUUUGAGAGGAAGGAUAGAUGUACUCAUGGAGGUGGAGUGGGAUGUUUUAUAUCAGAAAAUUUAUCGUAUAUAAGGAGAUUGGAUCUUGAAUCUGUUGCCUUAGAAAUAAUUUGGUUGGAGUUGCAACGUAGCAAUAGUAGCUCAUUAUUUAUUGGUAUAUUGUAUAGAAAACCGGAUAAUCAUUUAGAUUUUUUUGACAGUCUUGAAAGUAAUCUUGAGAAAUUGUAUACAGUUACAAAACAAAGAGGGGUACCUUGGAUAAAUGAUGAUUUUUGGUGUUAGCACGCGAAAGGGAUUAUUAUCGAAAGCAAUUUAGAAAAACAAGAUUAAUUUAUUGGUGGAAUAAAUUUCAGUUUUCCCGUAACAGAGUAAUAACUUGAUUAAAAAUUUGAAAAAGAAGUAUUAUCAGGACAAAUUUAAGGACUGCGAAAAUGACAUUAAAAAGAACUGGAACAUUUUAUCGAAGCUUAUACCUAAGAAAAAUAAAACCACGAGUCAUGAUGUUAAAUUAACAAUUGAUAAUGAUCAAAUACCUAACAAUGAAAUAGCUCACGUUCUAAACAAAGCCUUUAAUGAAGUCGGCUCAAGGUUGAAAGCCGCUUCGGCUAAUUUUUCGAAAGAUUUAUUAAACAAUUUACAAACUCUGUUUAUUCCAGAUUGUGAAUUUAAAUUCUAUGCAAUCAAAAAG